AUGCUGAGAGCUUCUGCGCUUCUCUGUUCUUCGACCUCAGCCACUUUCACGCCAAUUCAACCAUUUAACCCGAACAUUUCCCCUCAUUUCCCAACCUUCGAACUAUCUCGUCCCGUCUCGGCUUUGUCUCGUGCCCGAUGUCACUUCACUCUCGUGAGGGCUCGUGCAAAAUCCAGCUUCAUCGUUCGUAGCACUGCUACUCAGGAAGCUGUGGAAACCAGUAGUAACAUUGGAUUGGAUUUGGUUGAGGUUGGAUUCUUGUCUGGUGUUCAUGGCCUACAAGGCGAGAUUUGCAUUAAACCAAACACCGAUUUUCCAGAUUUACGUUUCUCCAAGCCUGGUAGAAGAUGGUUGAAACAACAAUUGUUGGGACAAGAUAAGAUUGAAGAGGUUGAGUUAGUCGAAGGCAGACCUCAUCCUGCGCAGAAGAGUUGGAUUCUCAAGUUUCAAGGCUUGGACGAUGUUGAUCAGGUGAGACAACUUGUUGGCGCAACUCUUCUUGCUGAGGAAGAUGAUCGUCCUGAGCUUGAUGAAGGAGAGUUUUACACUCGCGAUCUUGUAGGCAUGAGAGUUCUUCUCAAGGAGACUGGUCAACUUGUUGGAACUGUUGCUAAUGUUUUCGACAAUGGAGGGAAUGAUCUUCUUCAUGUCAUGCUUGAUUCAUCCAUGGAAGUAAGCAACGGGAGUGCAAAGACGAACCAGCUUGUGUGGAUACCUUUUGUAGACGCGAUUGUUCCGGAUGUUGAUUUAGAGAGAAGAGAGAUGUAUAUAACUCCUCCUAAGGGACUCCUCGAGGUGAAUAUGCGAGCAGAUGAACGAUCCAAGAAAGAAAGACGUCAGCUUGAAUGGAAAGAGAGAAAAAAGCAGCAGAAACGGCUUAUUGCUGCUAAAAAGAAGUUAUGUGAAUUGGAGCAAAAGCAUGUGUUUGAUGGAUUAAGGUUCGGAGAAAAGUCUCAGAGGAGUUUGCUUGCUGAUCAUAUCUUGGACGUAAACUCCACACUGCUUCAGAAAGCUUUGCAAAGCAUCGAGACCUCUUCAUCGAAGAGAUGGAACGUAACCGAGGAAAUCAAUGCGCUGAGAGCUAGAGUAUCGGAGUGUACUCUAAAUGUAUCACGGGAGUGCCUUAGUUUUGAUGCAAGUAAAGAGAAAGUGGGUGAUAACUUCAGUUUCAUUCAACAAGGGAAAAGUUUAUUCUCUGAGGGAAAAGUUUGUAUUUGUUUGGUUCUCAAUGAUCACGAAAACGAACAACCGGAAGCUGAGAAUGGUGCAGUCUCGUACCUUACUACGCUACUUGAUGAUGAGCAAAACUUCCCAAAGGAAGAAGAGCGUGCUUGUGUGCCACUCGUUGUUGUUUCCCCUGAACAUACCAUCGAAGCUCUGCAGAACCUAUUUCAGGAUAAUGAUCAUUUUGGGUUUGAUACAGAAAAGAUAUGGUUUCUCAAAGAAGAAACCCUUCCCGUAGUUUGUAGCGCACCAGAGGAACCGAAAAAGCACAAGAUUUUGAUGAAAUCUCCAUGGGAGAUACUCAAGUCCCCUGUUGGCUCUGGAGGAGUCUUGAGCAUCCUUGCUUCACAUGGAGUCACAGACUCUCUUUCCAGCCUCGGAAUCGAUUAUCUUCAGGUACAUAGCAUUGGAACAAGAUCACAACCUCCGCAACAUUAUAUCAAUCCGAUGCUCGUUGGACUUGUGAGCGGCAAAGGAGCUGAGAUUGGGAUUCAGUUGACCGGAGAAUCUGAAGUCGAGAACUUUGAAAUGAUACUCUCAGUGAAGUAUCUGAAGAGAUUGAAGGGAAAGAUUGAGUUUGAAGCUGUCAUGAAGAUGAAUGCACAUGUUCAGAAAGUUGAAAACGAGUGGAUCGAGUCCGUACCAACGGAACCAAACUCGUUUGAGUUUCGUUCUGAUAUUUACAGAGUCUUGAGUGAGUGUUCUUCAUCAGCUAAGAUUUGUUUGAUGAACAUUACAGUAUAG